AUGCGCGUACUAGGUCUUCUCGGUGGCACGACCUACAACGCAACCCUCCUCUACUACAAACAAAUAAACGCGUAUGUCCAAAACCGUCUCGGCGGCGGCCACUCCUCCAAACUCCUCCUUCACUCCUUCGACCACGCCGAGCUCUUCAGUUUCUUCCAAGCAGGUAACUACAACGAAGUAUCCCGCCAAAUCUGCACCGCAGCGAAGAAUCUCAAGUCUAUCGGCGCAGAAGCCAUCGUUCUCUGCGUAAACACGAAUCAUCGCUGGGCAGAAGAUGUUGAAAACGCAACGGGCCUUCCACUGUUGCAUAUCAUUGAUUUUACGGGAGAUGCGAUUGUUAAAAAAGGGUUGAAGAAAGUUGCGUUGUUGGGGACAAAGAUCAGCAUGGAGGAGGACUUUUUGAAGGGGAGGCUGGGGAGGAGGUUUGGGGUUGAAGUCCUUGUUCCGAAGGGGGAGGAGACGAGGCAGAGGAUGGAUCGUGUGAUUUUCGAAGAGCUUUCGUGUAACAAGAUAUUGCCUCAGUCAAGGGACUUUUACAUGGAUCAGAUUAAGGACUUGUAUGGGAGGGGUGCUGAAGGGGUUAUUUUGGGCUGUACAGAGUUGCAGAUGAUACUGAAGCCUGGGGAUGUCGAUGUGCCGAUGUUUGAUACCGUCGAGUUACAUGCGAAAGGCGCUGCGAAAUGGCAGCUAGAGGAGUGA